AAAAGUCCAGUUAAACAUUUAUGCAGUCACUGAUCAUGAAAAGUUCAAAGGAAGCUGUGCAGACUGCUGCCAAGGAGUUCCUCCAGUUCGUGAACAAAGGAGUGUCUCCAUACCACGUGGUUGAGGAGUGUAAGUCUCGUCUGCUGGGGGCUGGCUUUACUGAGCUGAAGGAGACUGAGCAGUGGAACAUCAAGCCUGCCAGUAAGUACUUUGUGACCCGUAACUACUCCUCCAUCAUCGCUUUUGCUGUGGGCGGACAUUUCCAGCCAGGCAAUGGCUUCACUAUGAUUGGAGCACACACAGACAGCCCCUGUCUGAGGAUUAAGCCACGGUCCAAGAAGACCAAACAGGGCUGUCUGCAGGUCGGGGUGGAGUGCUACGGAGGAGGAAUCUGGAACACCUGGUUCGACCGUGAUCUGACCAUCGCCGGUCGUGUUAUGGUCAAGACUGGAGAUAAGCUGGUCCAUCGUCUGGUUCACGUGCCCCGGCCGAUCAUGAGGAUCCCCCACCUGGCCAUCCACCUCCAGAGGGACAUCAACGACUCCUUCGGCCCCAACAAGGAGAACCACCUAGUGCCCAUCCUAGCCACUGCUGUCCAGGAGGAGUUGGAGACUGGCUGCUGUUCCACUGGGGAUGCCUGCGAUGCCACCACUGUUGCAGAGAAGCACCACCCGACCCUGGUCAAGGUGCUGUGUUCAGAGCUGGACGUUCAGCCUGAGGCCCUGCUGGACUUUGAGCUGUGUCUGGCUGACACUCAGCCAGGGGCAAUUGGAGGUGUGUUUGAAGAGUUCAUCUACUCCCCCCGUCUGGACAACCUCCACAGCUGCUACUGUGCCCUACAGGCUCUGAUGGACUCCUGCAUCUCUGGAGACUCUUUGGCCACAGACCCCAACAUCAGGAUGGUGACUCUGUUUGACAAUGAAGAGGU